GAAAUGGAAAAAGGGGGGCGGGUGAAGAAAGAAACCCUAGAGAAGAUUUAUAGGGAGAGCAUGCAGCAUUCACGAGGAGUCAAAUCUAUUUAAUUCAAUAAUAAUCUUAUGAAUAAAAUAACCAAAACCUUUUCCAACAACUAUCGGUAAAAGGAAAAGAAAUCCUACUUGGCCUGUAUCAAUAAACCGACUUUCCCUUUUGUUUGUUUAUGUGAUUUCUUUUUUUUUAUUUAAAUCGGGAAAGAGGGAGACAAACUCAAGCAAUAACUCUUUGUGAUUCCCUUCUCUUCGCCUAUAAAAGCCAGUUUGGAGUCCCACCCAUUACAAUUAACGCCGGGAGAUUUCUCUACUUUUUCCUUUGCCUCUUUGAUUUUGCGGUCUCCAAUGGCAGCGUCUCAAGCAAGCCUCCUCCUCCAAAAGCAACUCAAAGAUCUCUGUAAAAGACCGGUGGACGGCUUCUCGGCUGGUCUGGUCGACGAGACCGAUGUGUUCAAGUGGAACGUCACGAUUAUGGGGCCUCCCGAAACGCUUUAUGAUGGAGGUUUCUUUAAUGCCAUUAUGAGCUUUCCCUCUAACUACCCUCAAAGCCCUCCAACAGUGAGGUUUACCUCAGAGAUGUGGCAUCCUAAUGUUUACCAAGAUGGAACAGUUUGCAUUUCAAUUCUUCAUCCUCCUGGUGAAGAUCCAAACGGUUAUGAGCAUGCAAGUGAACGCUGGAGUCCAGUCCAUACAGUUGAGAGCAUAGUUUUGAGUAUAAUAUCAAUGCUUUCAAGCCCUAAUGACGAAUCUCCUGCAAACGUAGAUGCCGCGAAAGAAUGGAGAGAAACAAAGGAUGAGUUCAGAAGGAAAGUUAGACGGUGCGUCAGAAGAUCGCAAGAAAUGCUAUAAGAAAAGACCAAAUUGCUGCUAUUUCUGGCUUCUAUGAUCCAUGACACCAAAAAGAUAUUCUAGUUCUAUUUGCAGUCCAAUUAAUUUGUCUUUUUUCACAUCUUCUAGUGAUGUUAUUAGAAAUAUAUGUAUACCACACAUUUGAUGGUUCAUGAAUGUCAAUUUUUGUUUGGGUUUGUGAGCAUCAUAAUCAAUGAACAAGUUUAGUGGUAAUCUCAUACUUUUUAAUAUUCUACUAUAGAAUCUGUAG